AGUGGACGGCCCCGUGGGAAGGAAGUACGAAAGUUCCAGAAGCCUGCGUCUGAGAAGCGUACGAUCGGCAAGGUGCACCAUGGCAGAUCAAGCUAAGGUGAACGAGCUGAAGGACAAGGGGAACAAGGCGCUGAGCGCGGGGAACGUCGAGGAUGCCGUGCGCUUCUACACGGACGCCAUUGCCCUCGACAGCCAGAACCACGUGCUCUACAGCAACCGCUCGGCUGCCUACGCCAAGAAGGGCGACUACAAACAGGCGCUGGAGGAUGGCUGCAAGACUGUGGAGCUCAAGCCCGACUGGGGCAAGGGUUACUCUCGGAAGGCGGCAGCUCUCGAGUUCCUGGGGCAGCUGGAGGAGGCCAAGAAGACGUACACGGAAGGGCUGAAGCACGAGUCUGGGAACACGCAGCUUAAGGACGGACUCAAGAACGUUGAGAAACGCAUAUCAGCCACCAAGACGCGAUCAUCGCUGUCCAACCCGUUCUCCAGUCCUGACCUCAUCAAAAAGCUGGAGAGCGAUUCUCGGACGCGACCGUGGCUGGGAGACCCCACUUACCAGCAGCUGAUCACUGAGCUGCAGGCCAACCCCAACCUCAUUGCCAGCAAGCUGCAAGAUCCGCGGGUGAUGGUGACGCUGAGCGUGCUGCUGGGAGUCGACCUGCAGAUGCAUGACGAUGACGAGGACGACUCGCCCGCCACGCCUCCAACCAAAUCGACGCCCAAACCGGAGCCUAAACCAGAGCCCAUGGAGGAGGACAUUCCUGAGAACAAGCGCCAGGCUCUGCAAGAAAAAGAACUUGGCAAUUCCGCAUACAAGCAAAAGAACUUUGAUGUGGCCUUGGAGCAUUACGACAAAGCGUUUCAGCUGGACCCAACUAACAUGACUUACCUCUCCAACAAGGCCGCGGUGUACUUUGAGCAAGGCGAGUAUGAAAAGUGCCGGCAGGAGUGCGACAAAGCCAUUGAGGUGGGACGAGAAAAUCGCGAGGACUACAAGGUCAUGGCCAAAGCAUAUGCACGCAUUGGAAACUCUCACUUCAAGGAGGAGAAGUACAAGGAGGCCAUCCAGUCCUUCAACAAGGCCCUUACGGAACAUCGCACACCUGACGUCCUCAAGAAGUGCCAGCUGGCGGAAAAAAUUCUGGCAGAGCAGGAGCGCUUGCUAUACAUCAACCCUGAACUGGCCCUGGAGGAGAAGACCAAGGGGAAUGAGAGCUUCACUAACGGGGACUACCCGAUGGCCAUGAGGCACUACUCGGAAGCCCUGCGCCGCAAUCCCAACGACGCCAAGCUGUACAGCAACCGCGCUGCAUGCUACACCAAGCUGGCGGAGUUCCAACUGGCACUAAAGGACUGUGAAGACUGCAUCCGAUUGGAUCCGACGUUCAUUAAGGGCUACACCAGGAAGGCUGCUGCCAUGGAAGCAAUGAAGGACUUUGCCAAAGCCAUGGAUGUCUAUCAGAAGGCCAUCGAGCUCGACCCUAACUGCAAGGAAGCGACAGAAGGGUACCAACGGUGCACCAUCUCGCAGUACACGCGAGAGGAUGACCCGGAAGCCGUGAAGAGACGUGCAGCGUCUGACCCUGAGGUGCAGCAGAUUAUGUCGGACCCUGCGAUGCGUAUCAUCCUGGAGCAGAUGCAGAAGGAUCCGCGGGCCCUGCAAGAGCACUUGAAGAACCCAGGGAUUGCGAAAAAAAUCCAGAAGCUGAUCGACAUCGGCCUCAUUGCCAUUCGGUGAUGCCUUCAACUACAAGGGAAAAGAUAACUAAAUAAUGAAUCCUCCAGCCUGUGUCAAACGGCCCAAAGUAAAGGCACACCCACGCACGUGAAUACAACUUGUAUGGCACCGCCAUCUAUUCACGAUGAUGACUCGAUGAGGGGGUGGGAGGGGGAAUGUCUGUUUAACAUAGUGGCUCAUUGUUAGCGUUUUUCAGUUUGACAUUGUGUGCGGCCACCCGCCACCUUUGGUUGUGUGCUUUGGUGCUGUGGUCUUCGGCAAUUAUGGUAGAAUAAAUGACAGAUCGAACAUGAAA